CAAGUCUGUCUCAUGUGAAGAGCGCGAAGUCGGCCAGAAGGGUGCCUUCUGCCUUCGUCCACUCGGCUUGUAGGCCCAUCGGGUUGACUGGAUCACCAGGGCCUCGGGCAUCCCAACUUGCCGAGGGAGGAGGGAAUAUGAGGAAGAAAACCUGGGGAGGGAGGACACUGCACUUACCAUCUUGGAACAGAGGCCUUGUUAUUAGCCCCGGGCCCUCUGGGCGGGAGGGGGCGACGGCGGGAGCCAGAUCUUGUUAGGAAUCUGAAGUAAACAGUAAAGCAUGAUGUCUUCUGAAUAUACAAUUGGUGGGGUGAAGAUUAAUUUUCCUUGUAAAGCUUAUCCAUCACAGCUUGCUAUGAUGAACUCUAUUGUCAGAGGAUUAAAUAGUAAGCAACAUUGUUUGCUGGAGAGCCCCACAGGGAGUGGGAAAAGCUUAGCCUUACUUUGUUCUGCUUUAGCAUGGCAACAAUCUUUUAGUGGGAAGCCAGUGGAUGAAGGCUUAAGUAAAAAAGCUGAAGUACCACUGUCGUGUUAUUGUACCUGCCAUUCAAAGAAUUUUACAAAGAAUGAUGUGAACCAGGGAACUUCAUAUCAUUUCAACAGUCCAAGUACACCACCUUCUGAAAGAAAUGGCACUUUGUCAACUUCUCAAGACUCUCCUGUAAAAACUACACUGGCUGCAAAGCUGUCUGCUAAGAAACAGGCAUCCAUGUACAGAGAUGAAAAUGAUUUUCAAGUGGAGAAGAAAAGAAUUCGACCGUUAGAAACUACACAGCAGAUUAGAAAACGUCAUUGUUUAGAAAAGGAGUUUCACAAUUUGGAUGCAAAUGUUGCUUCAGGAAAGACCACAAAACUCAACUCUCCAUUAGGAGAGAUAAACUCCCUUUCUCCACAAAAUCCCCCUGGUCACUGUUCUAGGUGCUGUUGUUCUACUAAACAAGGAAACAGUCAAGAUUCUUCAAAUACCACUAAGAAGGAUCAUGGGGGAAAAUCCAAGAUACCCAAAAUAUAUUUUGGGACACGCACACACAAGCAGAUUGCUCAGAUUACCAGAGAGCUCCGGAGGACAGCAUACUCAGGGGUCCCAAUGACUGUUCUUUCCAGCAGGGAUCAUACUUGUAUCCAUCCUGAAAUAGUAGGUAACUUCAACAGAAAAGAAAGGUGCAUGGAAUUGCUAGAUGGAAAAAAUGGAAAAUCCUGCUAUUUUUAUCAUGGUGUUCAUAAAAUUAGUGAUCAGCACACAUUACAGACUUUCCAAGGGAUGUGCAAGGCCUGGGAUAUAGAAGAACUCGUCAGCUUGGGGAAAAAACUAAAAGCAUGUCCGUAUUACACAGCACGAGAACUAAUGCAAGAUGCUGACAUAAUAUUUUGUCCCUACAACUAUCUUCUAGAUGCACAAAUAAGGGAAACUAUGGAUAUCAAUCUGAAAGAACAGGUUGUCAUUUUAGAUGAAGCUCAUAACAUUGAGGACUGUGCUCGGGAAUCAGCAAGUUGCAGUAUAACGGAAGUUCAGCUUCGAUUUGCUCGGGAUGAACUAGAUAGUAUGGUUAACAAUAAUAUAAGGAAGAAAGACCAUGAACCCCUACGAGCUCUGUGCUAUAGCCUCAUUAAUUGGUUAGAAGAAAACUCUAAACAUCUUGUGGAAAGGGAUUAUGAAUCAUCCUGUAAAAUAUGGAGUGGAAGUGAAAUGCUCUUAAAUUUAUAUAAAAUGGGCAUCACCACUGCAACUUUUCCCAUUUUGCAGGGACAUUUUUCUGCUGUCCUGCAAAAAGAAGAAAAAGUCUCAUCAAUUCAUGGUAAAGAGGAGGCAAGAGAAGUACCUAUUAUUAGUGGUUCAACUCAAAUAAUGCUCAAAGGACUUUUUAUGGUGCUUGACUAUCUUUUUAGACAAAAUAGCAGGUUUGCAGAUGAUUAUAAAGUCGCUAUUCAACAGACUUACUGUUGGAUAAAUCACACUGAUAUUUCAGAUAAAGAUGCAUUCUUGGUUCUACCAAAAAAUAAGAAACGUUUGCGACAGAAAACAGCAGUUCACGUGCUAAAUUUUUGGUGCUUGAAUCCAGCUGUGGCCUUUUCAGAUAUUAAUGGCAAGGUUUGGACGAUUGUUUUGACAUCUGGGACAUUAUCACCAAUGAAAUCCUUUUCAUCAGAACUUGGUGUUACAUUUACUAUCCAACUGGAGGCUAAUCAUGUCAUUAAUAACUCACAGGUUUGGGUUGGCACCAUUGGGUCAGGCCCCAAGGGUCGCAACCUCUGUGCUACCUUCCAGCACACGGAAACAUUUGAGUUCCAGGAUGAAGUGGGAGCACUUUUGUUAUCUGUGUGCCAAACUGUGAGCCAAGGAAUUUUGUGUUUCCUGCCAUCUUACAAGUUAUUAGAAAAGUUAAAAGAACGUUGGCUCUCCACUGGUUUAUGGAAUAAACUGGAGUUGGUGAAGACAGUCAUUGUAGAACCACAGGGAGGAGAAAAAAUUGAUUUUGAUGAAUUACUGCAGAUGUACUAUGAUGCGAUCAAGUACAAAGGAGAAAAAGAUGGAGCCCUUCUGGUGGCAGUUUGUCGUGGUAAAGUGAGUGAGGGUCUGGAUUUCUCAGAUGAUAAUGCCCGUGCUGUCAUAACAAUAGGAAUUCCUUUUCCAAAUGUGAAAGAUCUACAGGUUGAACUAAAGCGACAAUAUAAUGACCAGCAUUCAAAAUUAAGAGGUCUUUUACCAGGUCGUCAGUGGUACGAAAUUCAAGCAUACAGGGCUUUAAACCAGGCCCUUGGUAGGUGUAUUCGACACAAAAACGAUUGGGGGGCUCUUAUUCUAGUGGAUGAUCGCUUCAGGAGUAACCCAAGUCGAUAUAUAUCUGGACUUUCUAAAUGGGUUCGACAGCUGAUUCAGCACCAUUCAACCUUUGAGAGUGCACUGGAGUCCUUGGCUGAAUUUUCCAAAAAGCACCAAAAGGUCAUUGAUGUAUCCAAAGAAGAAAGAAAAUCUGUACAGGGCAGUGAGUCUAUGCUUGCAGUGGCUUGUUUAAAGGAUAAUACCUCAACUUAUUCAUUAGAAGCAGCAAGCCAUCUAUCACCAGACUAUCCUAGGGAAGAUGAUCCAGUAUUAUUGGAAGAGUCUGCCCAGGCAAUAGGAGCAGAAAAAAUUGUGAUUUCCAGAUCCACAAGCCCAACCUUCAGCAAACAAACAAACAGAUUUAGCUGGUCUGGCAGUAAUUUGGGGGGACAGUAUUUUACUGGUAAAAUUCUGACUGGAACACCUAAGUUUAGGUCAUCAGAGGACUGUGCCUCUAGUACUUCCACUUUCAAAACAGAAAAGGGAUGCGAAGCAGUUUUGCCACUCACUGAUAAAUCUGAGUCCUCAUCUUUGACAGUAAACACAUCGCUUGGACCAUGCCCUCAAUCAGAAACCAUUGUUCCAUCAUCAGUAAAGAUUGAUGCCACUCUUCUGGAUCCAGAAGAUCCAGACAUUCAGUUGUCUUUAGUAAGUGAAGAAGCUGAACAUUGUACUUCAAAUACAGCUUUUGAAACAGAAGCAGAGGAUGAAUCUAUCUAUUUUACACCUGAACUUUAUGAUCCUAUAGAUACAAAUGAAGAAAAGAAUGAACUGGUCGGAACUGAUAGAGACAAUAGAUUGGCUAAUAAUUCAAAUUGCAUUUUAGCUGAAGAUCUUUUUGAAAUUAAAACUAUGAAAAGAAUGGAUUCAGUCAGAGAAAUGAAAGCUGAGAAUUGCAUAGACACAAAGUUAAAUACGCUCAUGCAUAUUGAAGAAAAUAAAGUUGAUAACAUUGGUAGUAAUGUAAAAAUGACUCAUAUAAAUGAAUUUGAACUGGGAAAAAACUAAUGAAACGGAUAUAAAGAACUUUAAACAGUCUCCUUCCGAAAAUAAAGAUGUGUUUCCUGGUGUUAGGUAAUAAUACUUAACUGUCAAGCUAUAAAAACAUGUCAUCAUGCUUAUAUUAAACUCUAUUGUAAAUGAUAAUUUGUACAUUGGAUAAGUGGCAUAGUUUUUUUUUAAUUUGAGAUAUAUUUUUCACUUUAAUCCAAAGUCUAUGUUCAGAAAUAUGUUUUACUAUUCUCAAGUUUUGAUAAGUUGAUUCAUAAAAAAUAUUUUCCUCCAAGUCUUCCUUAGCUAAAUGCAAUAUUAAAUUAAUCAAUAUGGAAGAUAUGUAGUUUCCUAAGGCACUUUAAAUUUCACGUAAAUAUUUGUAUUUUGUAGUCCUCUUUAUACAUUUUUUUUAUACUGAUGCAUAAAAAUUAACAGCGAUCUGAUCCAGUCACCCCUCAGUCAUGUUUCACUACAGAUUUUACCUCAGAUCAGGCUGAGAGAUUUUUUUUUUAGAAAUCACAGUUUUCUUGAAAAGUGUAUUCCUGUAUUAAACUGCCUACUUAUAAGUAAUUAAGAAUUGAGGAAAACUUUUAAUUUUUAAUUGAAAUUGUUUUACAUUUUUUGUUUGUUAAACCAAAAUCAAGCAUGUUUUAAACAAAUUUAUAUAAAAUUAUAAAAUGCCAAAUGAAAGACUCUAAAUUUUCAAUUCUAAUUAUUUAGCUUCAUCAUCCUUGUGGAAAAAAGUGACAUUUUCUAACAUAAAGGCUUCAAUUAUGCAACUAAGAUAGAAAACUUCAAAUAUAAAUUUAGUAAGUAAACCUAAACAUGUAAUUGUAGCUGAAAAAUGUUCCCUUAUGGCCCAGAAAGCCUCUCUGUGAAUUUUGACACUGUGUUUUUGUGAAUGAAGCUAUACUUCUGAUCAAAAAUGGUUAUAAAAGAAGCUCUUCUCUGACAUCAUUACAAAAAUACAUUCACUAAUCUUUUCUGAGAAACAUCUGUUAUUCAAUAGAUAUUUAGGCUUCUCGUGAGUGAUUUGAAUUGAAGUUUUAUGAGCUGUUCAAGUUGUUGAUGUGGUUUAUUAUUUUCAAGUAAAAAUGCUCAACAGUCAGGUAUCUUCUAUUCAUUUGAAACUGAUUUAUUAUAUAUGCAUAUGUUUACUUUCAUUUUGAUGGCAUCUAUAUUGAAGACAGCUUAAUUGUUUCUAUAGCAUUGGAUGUUACAACUCUAAGCAUAGUUCAAAGAAAUUUAAAUUGAUAAUUUACUAGUUAAAGAAUUUAUGUGUAGAUUGGGAUACAUUCAGUCCCACCUAGUAGAUCUUUUUCAUAGGUGAUCAGUAGAAAGUUUCAAACACUGGAUUAUAAGGUAAUUUUUAAGUUGUUUUGAAAGGGUGAAAUAAUUUGUCCUCUUUGGUAUCGUUCUUAAUCCACAGAUAAAGGGUAGUGUGCUAGUAGCAAAAAUACCAGGUGGAAGAAAAGAGACUUGGACUCUAUUCUUGGCACUGCCACUAAUUUGCUAAGUCCCGUGUUGGCAAUCACCAUGCCUUUUGGGGAAUUAGUUUCAUCUGUGAAAUGUGUAGUUUAGUACUAUAAAAUCAUGUAAAUCCCUUUCAACUUUAAAAAUCCAUAAUUUAAAAGAAUAUAUGUUGAUAUUUUAUUCUGAGUCAAUUUUCAUCUGCUUUUGUUGCAAAAUGCUUACAAUAAAGCAAAUCAUUUGCAUAAAAGGUAACAUGAAUAAUUGAAUGAAUACAUGCAUAAUAACUUGGAAAGCAAGUAUUUAUUUUAAAAGUGCUACAAUUAAAAUAUUUUUGAAUCCUUAAAAUUGCCUUUAGAAGAAUUGGUAAACUACAUGAGAAAAAUCAAGCACAUUAUUUUUUAGUCUUAUCUUAGUGUUAUUAUCCAACUUGAUCUCAAAUACCAUCCCUUUCCCUAGAUAUAAUUUAUUCUUUCCAAAAUCUAAUUCUCUCCAAGGCUGAAAAUUUCCAUUACUGAGAAUGUACAUAGAGAUGUGGCACAAGCUUUCAGUAAUUCCAAGAGGUGUUUCGAAAAUUUUGUACAAUGAUAUCACGGUUGAAGCAGGUGUAUCGUCUCCUCAGAUCACAGCUUUGAAGAGGAUGGUAUAUUGCAAGAAGUAAAGUACUAGCCUUUAUGAAGAGUAUGAGGUAGAACAUUUUCAUUAGUGAUAAAAUACUUUUUAAAGAGAUGUUUUAGAAAGUUUAAGUUGAAACAUGUAAAAGCAUUUAAGAGAGUAUCUGGCACAGGGCGAACCCUCAAUUAUUACUUGGUACAUCAAUCAUAUAUCUGGAGUUACACUCUGGCUUUAUAUGAAGCCUUCCCUAAUGAUUGAUUGAUUGAUUGAUAAACAGAUAAACUGACAUUAAAAAAUCAUAUAGUAGGAAGGGAAAGUUACUUGGCCAGUUUAUUUUUUAAGGCUUUUGAGAUAUAUAAGAUAGAAAUUGUUUAUCAAGUAAUUUGCCUUACCCAUUCAAUGCAUAUGAAAUAAUUAUCUAACACUGAAUUUAUUUAAGGGCUGAAAAUACAUAGAACAUACAGGCCAUGAACCAGGAAAACUACCAGCUGGAGAAAGGGCUUGAUUCAUGGAAGAAGGGUACAUUUCAAAGAGUAGAUGUUUCAUGACUUGACUUUUUAAAUUUACAUGAAUCAUUUAAAACUUUUAAUAAUUGUGUUGGAAAUUAAUGACAACUCUUCAUUCUACUACUAUGCAUUUAAUUAUUAUAUGGUUUUUAAUUUGGUAUUGUUUCUAAGUUCACAUAAGAAUAGUGUUUUUUAUUUACAUUCUUUCUAUUUAAGACACUGAUUUUUUAAAGGCUUUUCCAUAUUAUCUUUCUGCAACAUGACCUUGUCAUGCUAUGUUCGUACAGUAAAACACAUUCAAAGUAUUUAAUUCUUUGGAAUUGCUUAUAAAACUUCAUGAAAUCAAAAUGCCUGUUGUAAAAUCACUUGAAAGACUGGUUAUUGAAGUCAUUUAAUCUCUGAUGGCAUUAUUUUGUUAUUUGCUUACUCCACAAUUAUUCUUGCUCAUGAUCUUUUUAGCCUCAGAUUUAUCAGUAAGCUACAAAAGAUUUUACUUUAACCUUUACAAACUUGUGGUAGAUUCUUGUCUAUUUUCAUAGACAAGGGCAGUCAAUUUUUUGUAAACAGAAAGGUAAUAUUAAAAUACUGAACUUUUUUUUCUGAACUUUUUCAUAAUAAAACAUAAAUUUAAGACCACAUCAGACAGUGAAUGUCUAAGGAAGCUAAAACUGUAAUAUAAAAUAUCUGUGCAGCAAUUAAACGUAAAGACAUCACUUCAGGAAAUGGAAAUUUAAAUAGAUUACCUAGGCUUAUGAUUCUCUAACCUGAAACGAUUUUCAUAUCUACCCACCAAAAACAGCAUUUUGUUUCUUAAGGUUUCAUUUGAUAGACCAUUAGCUGCCUGGCUUCCUGUACUCUACAAUGGGGCCUUGUUAUAAUAUCCAUGUGAUCUGAGCCAGUGGAUCACCUUAUUGGUAAAACCAUCUUAUAAUGAAGUGCUUUCAGUAACUAAACUCCUGGACAAGAUCCAGAACAAUCCAUCUUAUAGCAAAUUCCACUCUGUAAAAAACAAGUUUCAAUGUAUUACAAGGAAAACAAAAAUUGUAUUCCCAGAAAUUAACUUUUGAAAAUCUAAUGGUAAAUUCUGAUUAAAAGAAAUAUUUGUUAACAAGGCACAAUGAGGUAGAUAUUUUAGUAUGCUUUAUAAUUUGUAUUUUUUCAUUUUGGUCUUGUGUGAUUCUGAUCCUCCUGUGCUUUUCCCCAAAAUUUCAUCAUUUCACAUUAAAUUUUUACAUCAGUAUUUACAAAACUAAACUUAAAAGGUUUGCUUUGUCUCCUUGCUAUUACAAAGUACUAAUUGUACAAGUGGCAUGUCAUUUAUGUAAAUUAAAUUAGAUGCUAUCUUUUAUAUAUGAUUCAUAUAUAGUUGAAAAGAUUUAGAGAUAUUAAGUUCUUAUUGUUAUUAUUUUGGAUCAAAUAUUGUCUUGGUAUAUUUUCUCUUUUUUUCAAACUGGUGUUAUGGUAUUCAUGUUUAAAUGUUAACCAUCCUUUCAAACAUUGAUCUCUUUUACUGUAUCUGUUGUAAAAGGACCCAAGUAAUCCACCUUGACAGUCAGGAUUUUAUUGCUUGUGGAGCUGGAUUAUUACCUAAAGCAGAAGGCAGUAGGAAAUAUAAAAAAUUACUUUGUACUAUCCUUCGUAUGAGCUUACCUAAAUUACAGUAAGGUAGAUUGAUAUAUUAAUAUUUCCAUAUUUCAGUCUUUAAAGUUGAUUGGCAGUAUACAUGGGCUUAGUUACUUUUAGACAUGGAAACAUGUUCUUAUUCCACCUGCUGACUUAAUUUGGGCAAGUUGCUUAUCUUCUCUGAACUUCUGUCUUUUCACCUUAAAAUGUUAGUAAAUAAUAAUUGCAUAAGAAAUAGAUCAAACAUUAUGAGUAUCAGAUGCAAUAGAGGGCAUAAAAGCUUUUUUUUUUUUUUUUUUAACAUCAGACAAGGAGAAAGAUAAUGGAUAAUGGAAUUUGGGGUCAAAAGUAUGAGUUUUAGUUUUGGCCCUGCUAUUUACCAAGUGGCCUUGGUCUUAUUAUUUUAACUCAUUGAGCCUCAGCUUUAUUUUCUGAGAGUGAAAAAAGUGAGCAGUAUCUACCUAAGAAAAGUAUUGUGAUGAUUAAAUGAGAUGAUAUGCAAUAUGUGAAAGUACUUUAUAAAUUUUGAACCACUGUCCAAAUGGUAGUUGUUAGGAAACUGCAACAGUAAUCUAGUGUAAUUAUUAUCUCAGUAUCCUGCAAUGGCACCUUCAAAAGGACUAAUAAACCUGUUAGAAUUUGGCCCAAGUGCUGAAAGACACUUUGAGCUUUAUCAAAAAUUCUAUGUAGUUACUCUUUUACUAGCAAGACUUAAAUAUUGUGAAAAUGUAUUUUCUAUGUUUUACAUUUCAUUUUUGUAUCUUAAGAUGUGUGCAUGUUGCAAACAAAAAACGUCAUCAGCGGAACACGGAAAUCUGUAAGUUGCACUGAGAACAUUUUAUGUAAGAUUCAUAAGGCAGGGAUUUUUGUUGGGGAUGGGGGACAGUCUGUUGUUUACUGCUGUACUCCCAACACUGUAUUUACUGGGUAAAUUAAUUGAUACAUUCUAUUAAUAAUGUGUUUCUAUCAAGACUUUGUAUAUGA